AGUGCACUGGUGGGGAGAUAGCACAUAACCUGGUGAGUUGCCAUUGGCUGUUGACUGCAUCGUAACAAGAUCAUCCGGAUUCUUGCGGGAUUUUUCUUCUGGGGCAACAUGAUUGGCACUGAAGCUGAAAUUUCGUCCUUUCCUUCUUGGAUCAACAAACAGUUCAUAGAGACUGUGCUGAAUAACGGACACGACGAAACUAAGCUGAUAGUGGAAACCAUCGACCUCCAACCUGGCUGCAAAGAGGGCAUGAGCCACACAAGCAACAUCUUCAGGGUUGCAGCCACCGUCAGACGAGGAGAAUCCGCCACCUGUGAAAAGAGAAGCAUCAUACUAAAGUGCCUGCAGGAAAACUGGGAGACUAAAGACGUGCCGAAGGACAGCGACCCGACUGAGAUGGAGACGUUGCUGCUGGGUGAGGUGAUGCCAGAGGUGCACAGGCUGAUUAGGAGUGUGGAGGGCGAGGCGUUCCGGCCUGUGGCGCCGCUCUGCUACUUGACAGGUAGAAGCCCCGUCCCGUUCCUCGCCAUUGAGGACCUCUCGCCGGCCGGCUUCAUGACGGCGGAUCCUGCGCGCCCUCUUGACUACCAGCACUGCGCAGCAGUUAUGCGCGCAUACGCCCGCCUGCACGCCGCCUCGGCGAGGGUCCUCAAAGACCGGCCCCACUACAAAACGCUCUGUGACCCGAAGAAGAGCGUGACGGAGGGCACACAGCAGUACUUCCGACAGCUCUCUGACAAAAUCUUUAAAGCCGCGGCACGGCAGCUUAGAGUUCACAAAGGAUACGAGAGCUACGCUGAAAAGUAUGAACGGCUUGCAGAAAAAUACACACGUGACGUCUUCAGGUACUGGAGAUCAAGCGAAAUAAGGCUGCCCGUUAUGCUGCAUGGCGACUGCUGGAAGAAUAAUUUUAUGUUUACAUAUGUGAAUGAAAAUAUUACAGAUGUUAGAAUUAUAGAUUUUCAGCUCAGCAAAGUGCACAGCGGAGCGGCGGACCUGCUGUACUUCCUGUACAUGAACGCCAGCGAGGAGGUGCACCGCGACCACCUGGACACGCUGCUGGCCGACUACCACGGCACGCUGGUGGCGCUCCUGCGUCUGCUGGACAUGGCUGCCGAGGCGGACAGCUACCCCCUGGAGGCUCUCGUUGAGGACAUGCAGACGGGAGGGGCCUGCGCUGUCUUCUUCUGCGCGCUCAGCUGUAUGUCGGUCACGUCGCACAAGUACGGUGCCGAGUUCGAGAAGUUGUUCCAUCGUGCGGACUACUCGGGGUCUUUCCUGGAAGAUGCUUUCAGAAAUCCCUACUCUGUUUCCUAUUUGAAAUACCUCACACCAAUAUUUGACAGAAACGGUUUCCUAUGAGCUAACUGGGCCACAGAGUGCUUUAGUAAGUUCUUGUAUCAUCCACAACGGUACGUGGUGCAGUCAGCACACAAGUACUUUGACCAGUGCUCUCUGACGUAUUUCUGUUA